AUGGAGGCAAAAGAGGUUGGCCUGGAUAACAAUUGCUGUCUGCUUAUGAUCCGAGCACUUUGUAAAGGAGGUUACUUGAAGGAGGCACUAAAAAUGAUUGAUUUUAUUGGAGAAAGUCAUGGAACCUAUCUUACCCUGCCUGUGUAUAACACUUUCUUGGGAGCCUGUUCAAAAAUGAGCAGUUUAGAUUAUGCCGAUCAAUGUUUGCAAUUGAUGGAGCGCAGAAUGGUGGGGAAGGAUGAAGUUACUUACGCAAUGCUUCUGAAGCUUGCAGUUUCACUACAGAAUCGCUCUGCAAUCUAUGAAAUCUGGAAAGACUACAUCAAGCACUUCAGCCCAAGUAUCAUUAGCUUGCGAAAGUUUAUUUGGUCCUUUACAAGGUUAAGAGAUUUAAAGUCUGCAUAUAAAACAUUGCAACAUAUGGUGGUUUUAGCAAUGCAAGGAAAUACUGUUGUACGGACCUCUUCUACAGGACAGCUCUAUUCUUCAAGAUCGAACAUUCCCCUGAAUUCCAACAGUGAAUUAGGCAUGCCGCAAUAUGAGUUGAAGGAUAAUGAACAGCCUGUUCCUUCAACAACAAAUACUUCUGCUUGUAACAUACAAGAGUCUGUUACUUUGUUCAUGGGAAAGAAAGAAGUUGAAAGUGGGGGAGCAAUUGGACUGGAUAAAUGGGAAAUCAUGCCUGUUUUGAGGCUCCUAGAAUGGUCUUUUGCCGAUAUGGAAAGUCUUGACUUGCUACCUUCAAGAUAUACAUAUGAUGGGUUUGCUAGAGCUGUUUCAAAGAGAUAUUACAGGGAAGGCAUGGAAGUGUUAAACACAAUGCAACAAAGGAAUUUGAAGCCACGUGAUUCAACUCUUGCAAUCAUUUCAGUGGCUUGCAGCAGAGCAUUGGAACUGAAUUUAGCAGAGGUUCUGUUGGAUCAAAUUACCAACUGUCCAUUUCCAUAUCCUUAUAAUGCAUUUCUUGAAGCAUGCAAUGCAAUGGAUCAACCUGAACGUGCUGUGCAGAUGUUGGCUAAAAUGAAACAACUAAAGGUCCAGCCAGAUUGUUGGACAUAUAAGCAACUGUUUUCAUUAUUUGGUAAUGUGAAUGCUCCAUAUGAGGAGGCCAAUAUGCUGUCGCAUGUAGACACUGCUAAGCGAAUAAAGGCUAUAGAGAAGGAUAUGGUAAAAAACAAUGUCCAGCACAAUCAGGAAUCAAUGACGAACUUGUUGAAAGCUCUUGGAAAAGAAGGGAUGAUGAGAGAGCUAAUGCAAUAUUUACAUAUGGCAGAAGAUCUUUUCUAUCACACGAACACUUUUCUGGGAAUACCUAUUUAUAAUACAGUGCUGCAUUCACUUGUUGAGGCUAAGGAAUGUCAUAUGGCAAUUGCGGUAUUCAAACAUAUGAAAUCAAGUGGUUUUGAGCCAAAUGCUGCAACUUACAAUAUAAUGAUUGAUUGUUGUUGCACUAGAAGAUGUUAUAAAUCUGCUUGCGCACUGGUUUCCAUGAUGUUGCGUUCUGGGUUUUAUCCACAGGCAGUGACAUACACUAUUCUCAUAAAGAUUUUGUUGAAAGAUAAUGAUUUUGAUGAAGCAUUAUAUCUUUUGGAUCAAGGGCAUACGGAAGAGAUUGAACUUGAUGUACUCUUGUAUAAUCCCAUUCUUCAGAGAGCAAAAGAUAAGAGAAGGAUCGAUGUUAUUGAGCUUAUCAUUGAGCAGAUGCACCGGGAGAAAAUCCAGCCUGAUCCUACAACCUGCUAUAGCGUGUUCUCUGCAUAUGUGUAUUGCGGUUUUGAUAAUAUGGCCAUGGAAGCAUUGCAAGUUUUGAGCAUGCGGAUGAUUAGCCUAGAAGAUUGCCUUUUGGAAGAAAAUAAGGCAGAACUUGAGGAUUUGAUCCUUUCGGAAGACAGCGAAGCUGAGUCUCGAAUACUUGAGCUUUUUAAAGAUUUCGAGGAGUAUAAUGCUGUUGCCCUUUUGAGUUUAAGAUGGUGUGCCAUUCUUGGGUUUCAACUUUCUUGGUCACCAAAUCAGAGUGCAUGGGCAAGAAGACUAUCAGCUAGCUAUGAUAGCAGAAAGAAAUUGGAUUUCGAGGAGUAUAAUGCUGUUGCCCUUUUGAAUGGUGUGCCAUUCUUGGGUUUCCACUUUCUUGGUCGCCAAAUUAGAGCCCAUGGGCAGGAAGACUAUCAGCUAGCUAUGAUAGCAGAAAGAAAGUCACCUGAUACUAAGGCUGCAUUUUUGUCUCAGAAGCAAUGGCUACGCCAUUUUAAUCGCAACUUGCCUUGUGUAGUUGGGUUUCUUGAUGGAGAGCUGUUCUUAGUUGGUCAGUUGGGUUUCCCUCCAACUUCUUGGCCACUUUUGUAA